AUGUUUCAAAAGCCGAUAAAAACAUACGGGAGAAAACCUAAACCAGUAACCACAAGUGGUUCUGAUUUAAUGACAUUCCAUAGACAGCAUAUAAUUUCACCUUUAAGUCCUGAUUCGAGUAUUGAUUUUGAUAAAUAUUUGGAUAAAUCAGAAAAUAAGUCCAGUGAUUAUGACCCUUUUGAAACUACCUUUGACAGAGUUGUCAAAACUGCUAAAUUACCACCAAGAGCUUCAAAAAGGGAAUUAAAAGUCCGGUUUGUGGACAGUACGACAGAUUCAGGUGAAGAAUCUUACGUAGAAGAUAGUCAAAAAAGUGACCCUAAAUCUAGAUCCAGUUCUAUUGAAAAAGAUCUCGAAGAAGAUAAAAGUGAGGAAAACAAAUCAUUACCGGACAACUCUGAUUUAAAUUCAAAGCUGACAGAUGAAGAGACUCUUGAGCAAUCACAAGAUUGUCAGACCCCGGAUUCAAGGACUUCUGAUGAAUAUUUAAAUAAGCCACCGGCUGUCGAGUCACCGGAUCAGAGCCUACUUCAGCCGGUACUCGAUAAUCUUGAGAGUACUCAAUUACAGCCAUCAUUACCGCAAAAUGAUUUAGUCCCGCAGUUUGUUGACACCACGACGGAUUCUAAUGAAGAGUCAUUUGAGUUGGUAAAAAUAGAUCAAAAGUCACACAUAACACACCGAAAAAUUAGAUCCAAUUCAGUUGAUAAUGCCACGGAGAAAAUUACUAAAAGCUUGCCGGUGAAAACACGCGUGAGGAAGAGGAAGAUUAAAAAAAUCGGUAAUGACAGCAGCGACAGUGAUGCUAGCGUUAAAUUUUCUCCUGUUAGAAAAUCGAGACGAGGAAACAACAGAGUUUCAAGAGCUAAAGCUGGAUCUUUAGAACAAACAAAUAGAAUUAAAAAUUGUUCUGUUAUGCUGACGCGGUUAGAGUUGAAAGAAAAUCGGCUUAAUAAUAAUCAAGAGUUAAAAAUCAAGCCUGUUAAAAAUAAUAAUAAUAAUAAUAAUAAUAAUGAUCAUCGAAGUAGUUGUCUAGAAGCUGAGGUUAAAUCUAGAGAAUGUAUUGUACGGUUAUCUCAAUUAAAUAACAAUAAUAAUAAUAAUAAUAAGUCGACGAUGCAGAUGGAUAGUACUUUAUCGCAAACUUUUAUAAGCAGCACACCUUGCGAGCGACGAGUUGGCUUUAAAAAAUUGAAGCCCGGAAUAUCUCCAAUUUACACACCUAAUAAAGCUAGUAAAAAUUUAACAGUACCUCCCACGAUACUGCUUGAUGUUUCUACUGAGUUAUUUGGAGAUGAAGAAACUAAUAUGCUUGUUAGUAAAAAAUUGGGGUCUGCUGAAGAAGAGACGAGUAUUACAUCUGCAGAUUUGUUCUCUAGUUUUGAUGAGUUGCAGAAUCAAUCAGAAGAUUCUAGUGUGGUAGAUGAUACUAAUACUAAAGAUUCUCAGAUUAAAAUUGAUGAUGAAUCUUGUCAAACUUUAAUUGCGGGUAGUUUGUCAGGACAAAAUUCUCAGUCUGUAAAUGAAAGUUUCAAAUCUGAGGAAAUUAAAAGCCUGAGUGAUUCGCAGUCUUCUGUAAUUAAUGAAAUGGAUCAAAGAAGCUCAAUUGAUGAUAUGGUACUCGAUGAAAUUGAAGAGGGAAAUUUUGUUUCGGAAUUUAAAUCAUUUGAUAAUUUUACUGAGGAUAGUAAUAAAAAUUCAGAAUUAAGUAAUGAAAAUUCAGAAACAUUAAAAUUGAGUAAUAAAAAUUCCGAAAUAUCAGAAUUGAGUGAAUGUAUUGAAAAUUCUUUACCAAUUAAAAUAAAUCAAACUUGUUCAGAAAAUAUAUCAAUUAAUAAUGAUUCAAUUUUAGUUGAUGAAAGUAAAUCUGCCAUUGAAAGUUCAGUAGAAAAUAGUAAAGAUAAUGAGUUAAUUGACUCUUCUGAAACAGAUGAUGAUUAUCACUUAGUUGUUUCUAAUACCUCUUCUUCUAACAAAGAAGAUAAUUCCACGGAACACUCGAGCCAAGAAGAAGGAGAAGAGAGUAAUAAAAAAGAAGAAAUUGAGUCCGAUAGUAUUAAUGAAAAUAAAAAUUCAGUUGUAAAAUUAUCAGAGCCGUUCGUACUUCUAGAACGCUUGAAUAAUAUUGGACAUGUUACUACUAGACGCAGAGAUUAUCAAAGUUGGGCGCGUAACUUGGAUGCUAUUGCAGAAAAUUCAAGUGAUUUGUCGAAUAUCACUGAAAAAGUGUCUGAAUCUUCUGAUUUGAGUAAAAAGGUCGCCCGAAGGACUACUAGGAGCACCAAAAUUUCAUUGCCGAUGCGAAGAAGCACGCGCAUUAAAAGUGAUUCUAAUGAACCUGACGAGAGACCUAAAAAAAGCAGGGUCGGAUUUUUAGAACCGCUUAUUGAUAGAUUAGAUCUGGAAAAUGAUCUGGAUGCUAGAGUUUUGUACUUGAAGCCUGGAAAAUCUUGGGCAAGGUCGCUUUCUAUUUUGAAUAAUAUUCGCAAAGAAGAGGAUCUUGAUUUAAUGCCUAUUGGUAAUAAAGGAAAGAAAUGGAGGCAAAGUGUGCGGAAUGUUUUGAGUAUGCAGAGACAAAGUGUUGCUUUUGCUUGCGUAAAAAAUAAGGAAAAUGAGAAGAGUGAAAGCGAAACAUUUCACAGAGACAGACUGCUAUUAUCAAAGCGCAGCAGCAAUUUUCCAAAGGUAUCGUUAAUAAACAACCAUGAUGUGGAAUCUGGUGCCGGUCGUUUUGCCAGACGUAUGUCAAUACGCGUUGUACCUAAUAGCAGUAAAUACAGUAUUGUUGAUGAUAAAAUAAUUGAGGACUCGUCUUUCCUCAAAGCUUAUGGUAUUUCAACUGAUAGAAAUGAUGAAAUUAAAAAAAAAUCACUUGCGCCAAAAGAGUCUUUAGUCUAUCAAUUACGAUGUUCGAGUACACCAACACUGGAAAUCUUACCAGAACCAGUUUCUGCUAGAAAUGUUGUACUCCAACGGUGUGACCAGACAGACAGUUUGCCUUUUGAGUCAUGUUAUCCUGAUUCAUAUUUAAAACACUGUCGUAAAAUAGGAGAAGGGGUCUACGGUGAGGUAUUUCUUUAUGAAAAUAAAAGAGAUAAGUCUGUUAUUAAAAUAAUACCUAUAGAAGGCAACGAAUUAGUUAACGGCGAGCCACAAAAAAAAUACGGAGAAAUUUUAUCUGAGAUAAUUAUCGCUAAAGAACUCCACGACUUGAGGUUCAACAAAACGUACCAAAUAAAUAGCUUCGUUGAAGUUAAAAAUAUCAGGUGUAUAAAGGGUAAAUAUCCUGAUAAAUUACUACAACUGUGGGACGCGUAUGAUGAGAAAAAAAAUUCCGAGAAUGAUUCUCCGAGAAUGUUUACUGACGAUCAGCUAUAUAUUGCUUUGGAACUCGGUAACGGGGGACAAGAUAUGGAAGCAUUUGUUUUUAAUAACUCCGCAGAAGCUUACAUAACAUUUGUGCAGGCUGCCUUGGCGCUUGCUGUUGCUGAAAAGUCGCUGGACUUUGAGCACCGCGAUAUGCAUUGGGGUAAUAUUUUGAUCUCACGUACGAAUGAGAAGCAAAUGUCUUGUAAACUUGACAGUGAAGAGAUAAGCUUACAAUGUAAUGGUAUAAAAACGACGAUUAUCGAUUUCACGUUAUCGAGAAUGUCGUAUCAAGGAUGCUGUAUGUUCAACGACUUAGCUCUCGACCCAGCUUUAUUUACUGCUGUUGGUGAAUAUCAAUUUGAUAUUUACAGACUUAUGAAAGAAAAAACCAAAAAUAACUGGCAGUCAUUUGAACCGUACACGAAUAUUUUAUGGCUGCAUUAUACCCUUGAUAAAAUGGUUACUGCCGUACGGUACAAAAAUGUCACGUCUAAAACUCACAAACAGUCAAUUGAAAAACUCGAGGAGCUCAAAAAUACGAUACUUGAGUAUGAAAGUGCCUUUGAUUUUAUAUCUAAUUGCGAUAAAUUAAUUGGUCUUAAUCGCUCGAGUUGUUAA